GUCUCUCUCUCUCAUUAAGAUUUUCUCGCUCUACCCUGUAAUUUGUUUCAAAUAUAGGCUCCUCCUUUAUAUAUACAGAGAAAAGGGAAAGGGGCAAUGGCUUUUGUUGCAGGAACCAGUAGGCUUCAGCUGCCCUCCUUUAAGCCGCACCCAACAUCACCAUUUCCAUUUUUCUUCACAUUAUGCCAUGGCUUUCCAUGGAAAACUUAUCAGAAAAACCCUGAUUUCAAGGUCUCAGUUUUAUGGGCUCUUUCGUCAUUCUCUCUCUUCUGUUGCAGAGCCCAAGCUACCUCCUUUUGACUAUGAACCAAAGCCUUACACAGGGCCUAGGGUUGAUGAAAUUUUGCAGAAGAGGAAGAGGUUUCUUGGGCCUUCGCUUUUCUAUUAUUACCAGAAACCUCUCAAUAUUGUCGAAGGCAAGAUGCAAUAUUUAUUCGAUGAGAAUGGAAGGCGUUACCUUGAUGCUUUUGCUGGCAUAGUAACUGUAUCAUGUGGACAUUGCCAUCCGGAUGUUGUUAAUGCUGUUAUAGAGCAGACCAAGCUGCUUCAACAUGCUACAACUAUAUACUUACACCAUGCAAUUGCCGAAUUCGCAGAAGCUUUAGCAGCUAAAAUGCCAGGAAACCUUAAGGUUGUGUAUUUUGUUAAUUCUGGGACAGAGGCCAAUGAAUUAGCAAUGCUGAUGGCUCGACUGUAUAGUGGUAAUCAUGGUAUGAUUGCUUUGAGAAAUGCCUAUCACGGUGGCAGUGCUGGAACAAUAGGGCUAACUGCCCUUAAUACUUGGAAAUAUCCGAUACCUCAGGGAGAAAUCCAUCAUGUUGUAAAUCCAGAUCCAUAUCGUGGAGCCUUUGGCCCUGAUGGUGCCCGUUAUGCUAAAGAUGUGCAAGAUCACAUUGACUUUGGUACCUGUGGUAAAGUUGCAGGUUUUAUUGCAGAAACAUUUCAGGGAGUUGGUGGAGCUGUGGAAUUGGCUCCUGGAUACUUGAAAAUGGUAUAUGAUAUUGUGCGCAAGGCUGGUGGUGUUUGUAUAGCAGAUGAAGUUCAAAGUGGAUUUGGUCGUACAGGAAGCCAUUAUUGGGGAUUUGAAACACAGGGUGUUAUUCCUGACAUAGUCACAAUGGCAAAGGGCAUUGGUAAUGGACUACCAUUAGGAGCAGUAGUCACAACACCAGAAAUUGCCAGUGUUAUGGCUCAAAAAAUACAGUUCAAUACUUUUGGUGGGAAUCCUGUUUGUUCCUCUGGUGGACUUGCCGUUCUGAAUGUUCUCGACAAAGAGCAGCGCCAAAAGCAUUGUGCUGAUGUUGGUUCCCACUUAAUUGAGCACUUGAAAGCACUACAGAAAAGUCAUGAAAUCAUAGGCGAUGUAAGAGGAAGGGGGUUGAUGAUCGGGGUUGAACUUGUGACUGAUAGGGAGCUUAACACCCCUGCAAAAUCCGAAACUACAGCCAUAUUUGAAAAAUUGAAAGAUUUGGGAGUGCUGGUGGGUAAAGGAGGCUUGCAUGGAAAUGUCUUCAGAAUAAAGCCACCCAUGUGCUUCACCAAGGAAGAUGCAGAUUUCUUGGUAGAUGCCAUUGACUAUGCUCUUUCUGGGAUGUGAGGGAACCAUCAUCGACAUGCACUCUUCAAAAUUCAAACCAAAUAAUCAUUAGUGGCGUGCACUCUUCACAGUUCAAACCAAAUAAAAAAAAUGUUUGUAACGUGGACUAUUUUUUUACCCUCAAAUUUUGGUGAUGUGACCUUUUCAACUCAUGUUUUUAACUUGACAAAAAAAAUUUGCAUUAUCUUUAGACUUCAAAAGAAUAAUGCCUCAAUAUUUAAUAGAAAUUUUUGGAGAACGAGAUCUAUGUAUUAGAAAACUCAAAAUUCACAUUUUUUUUUU